UAUAAAGGCGGCCACGCGUUAAGGCUGCGGGCCGGAGAGUACGUGUCUCGGGGGGAGGAGAAGGUGGCGGCGGGGCCGGUGCGGGAGCAGCCGAGCGCCGCGGGGAGGGGUGUCAGCACCAGCGCGCGUGGGGGAUUUUAAUCCGAUUCCGGCCGGCCCGGAUUUUAUUGGGAGCGGGUUUUAAAGCGCCUGUCGUGUCUCGCCUCUGCGGACGGGGCAGCAUGUCCGAAGCGGAGCAGCAGUUGGCGGCCGCCGCCGGCGCCACCCAGAACGGGCACGAAGCGGCCGAGAGCGCCGGAGAGCAGCAGGCCGAAACCGGCGGGGCCCCGGCGGCGGCGGGCGCAGCGGCGGCGGCGGCAGCAGCGACGGCGGGAACGGCGGCGGCGGCGGGAGCCGGACCGGCGGCGGGAACAGCGGCGGCGGCCGCCAGCCAGAACGGGGCCGAAGGCGACCAGAUCAACGCCAGCAAGAACGAGGAGGACGCGGGGAAAAUGUUCGUUGGCGGCCUCAGUUGGGAUACAAGCAAAAAAGACUUGAAAGAUUACUUCACCAAAUUUGGUGAGGUAACCGACUGUACGAUAAAGAUGGACCCUAACACAGGAAGAUCCAGAGGCUUUGGAUUUAUUCUCUUCAAAGAACCUGGGAGUGUUGAAAAGGUUCUGGAACAGAAAGAACACAGGCUAGACGGACGAUUAAUUGACCCCAAGAAGGCCAUGGCAAUGAAAAAGGAUCCAGUGAAGAAAAUAUUCGUUGGUGGACUUAACCCAGAAGCCACAGAAGAGAAAAUCAGGGAAUACUUUGGAGAGUUUGGAGAGAUUGAAGCAAUUGAACUUCCCAUGGAUCCAAAGACCAACAAGAGGAGGGGCUUUGUGUUCAUCACUUUCAAGGAAGAAGAUCCAGUGAAGAAGAUCUUGGAGAAGAAAUUCCAUAACGUCAGUGGAAGCAAGUGUGAGAUUAAGGUAGCACAGCCAAAAGAAGUAUACCAGCAGCAACAGUUCAGUAGUGGUGGAGGAAGAGGUAGCUAUGGAGGAAGAGGCAGAGGUGGAAGAGGCGGUGCUCAAAGUCAAAAUUGGAAUCAAGGUUAUGGCAAUUACUGGAACCAGGGUUAUGGGAAUCAAGGAUACGGCUAUCAGCAAGGUUAUGGUGGCUAUGGAGGCUAUGAUUAUUCAGGAUAUGGGUAUUAUGGAUAUGGACCAGGCUAUGAUUACAGUCAAGGCAGUGCAAAUUAUGGGAAGACACCAAGACGUGGUGGCCAUCAGAAUAACUACAAGCCAUAUUGAUCAAACUUAUUCAGGCCUGGCAGUGGUCACAGUUGAUGCCUACAAGCACUGGAUAUUCCACAAGUUGAAGACGGAAUACUGACUUGUUUACCUGAAGAUAAUAGGACUUCGGGGUAUUUCCUCAGAGAAAAUAUAAAUUUUAAUAUAAUUUCAUAAGCUUUGGAGGUUAGCUUGUCUUGUAGCUUCAGUGAUAUCAAACUUCUUCAAGUAGGAGCUAGAUAGAAAGCUGUUUAGUUUUUGCCAGCAUAUGUAAAACAAGACUUUUCUAUCUGCAUUGUAGAUUGUUUGUGGACACUUCCAGAUUCUCGUGCUUUUCUGCAGUCAUUCUGGGGACUGACCUCUCAUUGAUAUCAAUAGAAGUUCCUUGAACAGGACGAGUGCAGGAUAUUGAGCGUAGAGGCCCACGGUGUGGUUUGGAGUAGUGUAUUGCUUUAGUUUGGAGAUGACUGGGGGAGAUGGGAAGAUCAACUGUAUAUUAAGGGAACAAUUACAGAUCUUCUUCCCAGUGACAUCAAUGAGAGAUUUGCCUUCAACCUUCCACAGAAGAAGAAUUUAGCUUUAAUUUGGGACAGCAAAGGGGUUUUUCAAAAGCACUAAAGCCAGCGGGAGCUUGUUUUCCAACUGCUCCUUAUGCCUUUAAAAACCCCCACACACCAAAAGCGAUAGCUAACAUCAUGAAAUGGAAGUAAAUAAAAUGCAUUUUCAUUGCUGUUUGAGUUACAUAAUUCUUGUUUCUUGAUUUGUUAGUUGAUCUGCACAGAUUUAAUCUAUAUGGUGACCAAGAAUAUGGUCAAAAACUAUCAAUAACUGGUAAAGAUGUAAAGUAUAGCCACAAAGCAAGCAAUGUGUAGGUACAGAACCUAAGCAGCUAACAAAGACAGGUAGCAAAAGUUCACUGCCUACAGCCCUAAGUCUUUUAUGUCCACAUCUACCAAGUUAGAUGUCCAUUUCAGCAUUUAUCAGCAAAUAGCAAACACUCCCCGCUGACUCACAGGAUAAGUUCAAGGACAACUAGGACACAGUCACUGAUAAGCAUUCAUAAACAUCAGUCAGACUUCACCCCGUCUCCUUGGAGCACUGAGCAUGUUGCUACUGUUCUUCAGAAUACCAGAGCGAGAACUAACUUAGCACUAGGUCAGUUUGUACGGGACGCAUUGCCCUCGGAUCGCAUCCCUCCCUCAAAUCCUCUGCCGCCAGCUGCCCUCAGAGGUGGAGUGGAACAAGCAUCUAACAGAGGGUUCAGAUCUACUCCGUAUACAAAAAAUGACUCCCUUUCCCCUUCUGUAUUCUUUAAGGCCACAAAGAGCUCUUUCACGUUGCCUGGUUCGAUAUCAUGGACGGGCUCUUAAUUCCACCUCAGACUCCUACACUGAGCCUAGCAACUUGUAUUUGGCUGAAGUAUUUCCUCCAGAAAUGAUCUGUCAAAUCAAAAUGCCAUUAAAAUGAAUGGGGAUCCAAUCACUGGUCUGGUUAUCAUUAAUCAGCCUCACUAUUAAAAAUCCAUGGCUUAUUUCAUUUUUGUGUAGCUUCAGCUUCCAGCCAAUGGAUGGAUCUUUGUACAUAUUUCUCUGUUCAAUUUAAGAACUUGUUAUAUAAAAUAUCUCCUCCCUGCAAAGGAAUCCGACUGCCUCCUGAUCUUCAAUUUAAGCUGAACAGACUCCCUUUAAAGAUUUUUCUUCCUCCUUGAAAUAUUUUCUAUGGCUCUUUCUGCACAGUCUGUAAUUUUUUCAACAUCUUUAAAAAUGUUAACAGUGGAAUAGUUUGCAAAUUUUUUAUUGGUCUCACUAAUGCCAUAUGCAGAGAUAGAAAUCAUAACCCUUUAAUUCAUUACUCUGCUCUGCAUGGGAUGUGCCCGAGAUCAGAUAAUUUAAAGAAAGAGACCAAAAAGAGGGAGAGAAAGAGGCGGACAAGAGGAGUGUGCAGACAGUUACAGAGCUUACAAUUAAACCACGUAAACCAAGAAAAUCAAAUACAAAUGAACCCUACAAACCAGGAGAAUUAAAUACUCCAAACUCCCAAGUUUUGAGAACCUCAAUAGCAAGCAACAUUAUUUGCUCUGUUGCCUAAGAAAAGGCUUCAGCAGAGCCCUCCCUAUCCUGUGGCGCUCUUCAGUGAAAGUACAGCUAGGUUUUUAUGUUUUGAAAUAUUGCAGUCAAGGUUUUCUAAGGAAUUUGAGUUUUGCGGUAACAGCAUUUGCAAAUCUUCAGCCAAAGAACCCAUAAGGGGACCCAGAGGCAUUUCCUCUUGAGAUAACAGUUUCUGUUGAUGGUAGCUGAAAUAUCCACAGGUAGUCAAGAUUGUUACUUUUAACCAAAGGAUUGCUAUUUCCAUCACAGCAGCAGCAGGCAGCAAUGAAUGGAGCUUGGCUUUGUUUCCUCUGCAAGUUGAAAGUCCUUCUUUUCUUUGGCCAGAUGGUAUAGAGCAGCUUCUUUCAUUUCUAGGGCUGCAUCCUUUUUUUCUUUUUUGUUUUCAGCCAGUUUUUUUCAUCCUUUUAAUGUACACGUGCAAGGCAAAUACAUAGCUGAGAGCCUAAUUAGGAUAGAGAUCGUCCCUCCUUCAUGCUGUAAGGCACACCAGGCACCACACUGUCUCAGGCCUGUUAGUUCACACAGCAGCAUCAGCAGUGAAUACUCUUCAUUCCCAGCUACUGUUUUUGGUACCUUGAUCAAAUCCUGAUGUUAUCAUGCAUAUCUUACGGGUUUGGGAGCUUUACAAUAUUUUCAAAGUCCAUAAAUGACAGAAUCCAGUAUAAAAAAGGUCAAUAUAUUACUGUUGAAGGGGUUUUUGUUCCUUUUUUAUACAAAAAUUAGAAAGAUCAAAAUAUAUCACAUUAUUUACACACUGUGCUUCAUGCUUAGAGAUCACUGCAAGAGAACACAUAGAUUAAAAAAUUUUAGUCAGAGAGCUGCUCCAUUACAUUUACUAAUUUUCUUGUUAAUAUUGUAAGGAUUGAUACUUUUUUUUUCGUUAACGUUAAAAGUACAUCCAAACGGCUUUCCACAGAAUUAAAACCUUUUAUAUGCUAAGGGCGUGCUUACAUUCUAACUGAGGGUUUGCAACCAGUUAGUAACAUGCUUGCUAUUAACUUGAAUUAUGUCCACAUACCAUAUGUUUGAAACCAGGUUAGUAAUUCUGGUCUGCUCCAGUGGCAUAGCCUUGUUGGAGAACGAGAUUACAGCACCCUCUUAAAAGUCGGGAUCAAAAGCUCAUCUUGGGGGUGAGCUGUCUAAUCGCUCUCGCGGGAGCGGUCUUUUUGCACUGGACAGCCCUGCACUUAGACCCUGGCCGUGCCAGGGCCGUAGGGCGAGACGUUUCCAGGUAGCUGGCCAGGCGUACCCAGAUUUGCUGAUUGAAACGUAGUGUAGCGGUUGCAGAGGCAUAAUUACUGUGGCAGGAAAGUCUGUGUGGAAAUGAGUGUUUUGUAACUCUGUGACAAAAAAGGGUGAUGGACUAUAAAAUUCUCAGCUAAAAGCUACAGUGUGAACUGCAGUUGUACAAGCCCAACUUGCAGAACUGUGUAGUCUUUGCAUGACUGGUUCCUAAAACACCCGGGCCAAAGUAAAGGCCCAGUCUGCGCUAGCCUGAAAAAGAGGUUGUUACUGACAGUAUUAAUGAGAAUGAUUUUUCAUGGUUAGCAAGUUUUGGGGGUGUUUUUUCCACUUCUUGGGCAGAAACUAGUCUACAGUUGUGGGGAACAAGAUACCAAAUUAGAUAGACUCCUGUUCUCGCAAGGCAUGACACCUUCUCUGUAAGGUACCAUCUAUCGCUUAAAGGAAACGGAGCAGGGCAAACAGGCACCGUGCAGCCAAAGUCGCUCUGCCUACUCAAGGCUAUAUAGUUAUUACGACUGUACCUUAUGCCAACAUCCUGCUACUGGCAGUCCAUCUGGUCCCUGCAAAAGUGAAUUUACAGAUUUAAUUUCUGUUGGCAGUGGCUUAAAUGUCACACCCAAAAACCUGAAGUUCACUCCUCACAAUGAUGAAAGAUUUAGCAGCACAGUUCAAAAUAAUUACCAUGCAAAACCCAUGUACUUUAUCUACACAGAACAAAAGUAAGCAGGCAAUGUAAUCUGUGUGUCAAGCAUAAUGCAAAAUUGAAUACAGCCCAGGGUGAGAAAAAUAACCACACUUUUUCUUUCUUUCAACAAAAAAGAAAAUGUAAACAAAUACAAAAAUUUGGAACCACAGUUAAUUUCAUAAUCUGCUGUAAAACACAGUGCUAUUUGCAAUCAGACAUAUACAUGGAAAACAUGAUGUGGCAAUGUACCUUUUGUUAAUAUGUGCAUUUCGGAUUGCGGGGGGAUUAAAAGAAAUUUUUUUUAAAUGAUAUCCUGGUUGUGUUAAAUUUGAUUCUGCAGUGCUUAAUUUCUUUGAGAAAUCUUUAGUUGCUGAAAUGAUUGGAAUAGGAUGAGUUGUGGACUAUGCAAAGGGAGUAAGCGUGGAAAUACUUGUCUUUUUCUGAUGGAGAUACAAGAAAACAUACAGAAAUCAGAAAGCCAAAAGAUCUUACCUAGCAGGAGGAAAACAGUGAAACAGAAGGAAGCGCUUAGAAGAGGAACGGACUAUGUAUGACCAACUCUCUCAUUCGAGAUACUUCAGAAGAAACAGCUGACUUGCCUUUUCUGAUGUGGGAUUUUUUUAAGGCUCUUGGAUCUCUGCUUGCACGAAUUUCUGCACGUACAGAAGAGCUACCGAGAGCAUACGGGCACUGCCCCUUCCCUCAGAGCCAUCUCCAGAUUAACUAGGGCUUGGAAGUCGCACGGAUGCAUACACAGCGGAGAUAACUGCUAGUGCAAAUAUAGGUCAAAAAUGCAUUUUCUACAUUUUUUACUGUAAAUGUCAGUCAUCACAUUUUUUGUAUUCUGUAUUGAUUUUAUAUGUAAAAUAGCCUUUGCCCAAUAAAACAGAUGCAGUGAA